AUUCGUUUCGAACGCGAGGACCGUGCGGACGUGUGCGGCUGGAAAAGCAACGGUGGAAAGCCCAUUACUGACUUCUCUUGCGCUCUCGCCGCCGUAGAUUCCCCUCACCUCUAACCCUCAACAGGCGGCCAAAAAAAACUUACAAAAUAAUAAAAACAAUUAAAAGUGAGACGCCCCCGCCCCUCUGUAGUUUUGUGUCAAUUGUGUGCCUAAAAAAAACAACCAAAAACAAACAAAACUUAUCUAUUUUUGUUGAAUUUUUUUUGUGUUAUAAAUGAAAGCAAAAAACAAGUGCAAAUUUUGAUCAAACCCAACAAAUUCAAAAGUCCUGGAUUAUUUUGAAUUUUGGCAAAAAAAAAACAAAGACAACAACAAAAAGCGGCAGCCUCGACUAACGGUAAACAGGCAAGUGAAAUCUCAGGCAAAAAUCAAAUGAAAUAAAGAAAGAAACAGCAAAGGCAGACAGAAGAAGAAGAAGGAACAGCAAGUGCAAGAGAGUAAAGCAAAAGAGCUAUAAAAAGAGAGCAUCCAAACGAGCGUGUGUGUGUGUGAGCGUGUGUGUGGCUUCCUUAUUUUGUAUAAAUUUAUUCAAAUUCAUCAAAAAUCAAAUCAAAUCAAAGGAAGAAAAAUCAAAGACAAGCUAAGGAACAAACAGAAACGCAACGCUCGCUCGCUCUUUGAAAAAAACGCACAAUGACCUUGCCCACAAACACACACGCAUCUGCAAACGACGCCGGCAGCGGCAACAACAACAACAAUAACAACAACGGCAGCAGCAAUAACAACAACAACAGUGACGAAGAUUCAGACAUGUUUGGACCACCCCGCUGCUCCCCGCCCAUCGGCUAUCAUCACCAUCGAUCCCGAGUGCCCAUGAUCUCACCGAAAUUGCGACAACGCGAGGAGCGCAAGCGAAUCCUUCAGCUGUGCGCCCACAAGCUGGAAAGGAUCAAGGACUCGGAGGCGAAUCUGCGACGCAGUGUCUGCAUCAACAACACCUACUGCCGACUGACCGACGAACUGCGUCGCGAGAAACAGAUGCGAUACCUCCAGAAUCUGCCCAGAACCAGCGACAGCGGCUCAACCACCGAACUGGCGCGUGAGAAUCUCUUCCAGCCGAACAUGGACGAUGCCAAGCCGGCCAGCAAUAACAGUAGCAAUAUGAACAAGUCCUCGGCCUACGGCGAUGCCUUCAGUUCAUCCCCGAACGGAUCGGCUUCAGGUGGGCGUGGGGUCAUUUGCUCCUUGGAGAAUCAACCGCCUGUGCGCCAGCAGCAAAUGGCCACGCCCACUGGGGCCAAUUCGGCCCCCGAGGCGGCCAACUCGGCGCCCCUUUCCGUUUCCGGAUCGGCAUCGGAGCGGGUGAACAACCGGAAACGCCACCUGUCCAGCAGCAAUUUGGUCAACGAUCUGGAGAUACUCGACAGGGAACUGAGCGCCAUCAAUGCGCCCAUGCUGCUGAUCGACCCGGAGAUCACCCAGGGAGCCGAGCAGCUGGAGAAGGCGGCCCUGUCCGCCAGCAGGAAGAGAUUGAGGAGCAACAGCAGCAGCGAGGACGAAAGCGAUCGGCUGGUGCGCGAGGCCCUGUCCCAGUUUUACAUACCGCCGCAGCGCCUGAUCUCCGCCAUUGAGGAGUGUCCACUGGACGUGGUUGGUCUGGGCAUGGGAAUGAAUGUGAAUGUGGGCGGCAUCGGUGGAAUAGUGGGUGGAUGCGGUGGGAUCGGAGGAGCAGCAGGCGCUGGCGUCGAAGUUUCCGGAGGCAAGCGGAUGAAGCUGAACGACCAUCACCAUCUCAACCACCACCAUCACUUGCACCAUCACCUGGAGCUGGUCGACUUCGAUAUGAACCAAAACCAAAAGGAUUUCGAGGUGAUCAUGGACGCACUGAGGCUGGGGACGCCAACGCCGCCGAGCGGCGCUAGCAGCGAUUCCUGCGGACAGGCGGCAAUGAUGAGCGAAUCGGCCAGCGUUUUCCACAAUCUGGUGGUCACCUCGCUGGAGACAUGAAAGUACCAGUGAAUCCCCGAGCAGCAGACAAAGAUUAAAGAGUUUAGAUUUUAUAUUAGUAGACACUUGCAUAGAGUUUUUAAGGAAACAUUUAGGCUAUGACACAUAUACUAACCUAAGCUAUUAUAUAGUAAAGAAAGGAAGGAAGAUCGGACGGAUUGGCCAGUAUUACUCAUUAAUGGCGGUCGCGAUUUGUACAAACAAAAAUACACAAAAAAAUAGUAGUAGGCAAAAGAGAAAAACAAAACAAAAAUCAAAGAAUUUGUAGUCAAAACAGCAGAAACAAACAAAAACCAGAACAAUCUAUAAGUUUAAUUUAAAGAAAUGAAAAACUCCAUACUUGUAACAAAUCAACAAAAAUUCAGUUGUGGUUUCCAUUUCGGUUUCGUAGAGAGCUCUGUUUAUAUGAAGAAAUUGAACAGAAUAACUUCCAAUUAAACAAAAAAUAUAUAGAAGGCAAGCACAUUCCACAUUGCUAAACAUUAUAUCCCCAAAUUUUGUUCCUACUGAAUUUUUGUUUUUUUUUCUACCAUAUCCAUUGGAUAUUUUUAAAUAUCUCACAUACGCAAAAUAUCAAAAAAUAUAAUGCAUUUAGGAAAUAUAAAUAUAUAUUUUUAAAGAAAACACAUGGAAGUUCUCCUAGUCACAAAAAAGAAAUACAAACGAAAGAGAACACAAAACAAUCCAAAAUAAAAUUGAAAAAAAACAAGGUUUCAUUUAUUAAAUUCCAAAUAAAGGUCGAUCAUUAAACUUGAUUUGAUCCCAUUUUUUUGCCUCUGCACAAACACUCAUGAUAAAGACAAUGUUCUAUGAAGAAAACUGAGACAUGAAAGCAAAUUAAAUAGCAAUUUAAACAAAAAACAAAACACAAAAAAAUAUUAUACAAAAAAAGUGCAAUUAGAAUUUUUUAAAAUAUAGAAAGCAAGCCUCAAAAACAAAAACAAAAAACCAACAAAAGUGCAUUCAAAAAGAUUUAAACACAAAUCGGGCAAAUUAACAAAUUAUGAAAGUAAUAAUUAGUAGUAAUGAAUAAAACAAUUUAAGGCAAACAAACAAAAACCACAAAAAAAAAACUAAACAAUUUUUUCUUCGAAAAAAAUUACGGCUGUGAUAGAAUUUUAAGUUUUUUGGCUAAAAAGAAAGAAACCACAAAAAGUUACCAUUAAAAAGCAAACAAAAGUACUACAAAAAAAAAAUACCAAGCAUAAAAUCAUGAAUAUUAUGAUCUAUGUGUAAAAUGAACAUUUAGUAUUAGUAAAAACAAAACAAAACUAAUUGUGUAGAAGAAAAUCGCGAGCUGUACUUUCUUUCAGCAAGAGAGAAGCGAAAGAGAGUAUCUCUCAACUUUCGCUCGCUUGGCUUUCAUUGAUUUUAUAUAUAUGUAUACAGAUAUAAAAAUAUUUUUUUUGCAUUUUCUAUAAGUCGCCUCGCCUCGCCUAAGCUUUCGUUUUCGUUUCACGUUUCUCGCUUUUGUUUUCGUUCGCGUCUUUUGGCCCAAAAGAAACCAGACCACAUCCCAAUCUGUUCCCCCAACGGUAAAGAUAUAUUCCUUUUAAAGGCGGAAUACAAAAGGGCGGGAAAGUCAAAGACUAAAGACUCCAAGAAUCUAGAAAGCAGGUGCUUCAUCGAUCACCGUUUUUUACUGUUGUCCCCCAUUAACACAUUUUGUUUAAUGCUUAAGUUUUUUUUAUACGAUUAUUUUUGAUAUGAUUAUGUAAUUAUUGUGAGUUUUUAACUAGACGAAUUAUCCAUAUGUAUUUCCAUUUUAGUUAAUAUUCCUACAUACAUAUAUACAUUAUAUAUAUACAUAUAUAUAGUGUUCUGCCCGAUCCCGUAUUGAUCGCGUCGCAGACGAACUAUUAAGCAUUCAAAGCUAUGCAACAAAGGCAAAAUAAAUUAUACAAAAAAAAUUACAAAAAAAA